ACGCCCUUGAUUAUGCCACCAGCUAGCAGCACCAGGGCUUUUAUGUUUUUUUCUCAACGGUAACAUCGUCCAUAAUUUCUAUAAAUACACACUAAUCUUGCUUUAAUAAUUCAUUUCUUGAUAUAUUAAUUAAUUUACAUUGCUAAUUACUGUGUUCUUGGUUAGGAAAAGUAUACAAAAUGGGGUCUGGAAAAUUUCUUGAAUUUUCGUUUGUGAUUUUCUUGUUAGGGUUUGUUUUUGGGUCUUGUAAUGCUUAUAAAUUCUAUGUUGGUGGAAGAAAUGGCUGGGUUUUGAACCCUUCUCAGAAUUAUACUCAGUGGGCUCAUAUCAAUAGAUUUCAAGUCAAUGAUACUCUCUUUUUCAAGUACAAGAAAGGAUCAGACUCAGUACUACUUGUAAACAAGGAAGAUUUCAACUCAUGCAACACCAAAAAUCCUAUACAAUCAUUAACAGACGGUGAUUCAAUCUUCACCGUUGAUCACUCCGGGCCCUUCUACUUCAUCUCAGGAAAUUCUGAUAAUUGCAAUAAGGGCCAAAAAUUACACAUUAUUGUGAUGGCAAAAAGGCUAAAACCAUCCCCAGUACCUACUGAUCCUCAAUCUCCUUCACCACUGGCAUUAUCUUCGCCCGUCACUUCCCCUGUGCCGCCGUCACCACCUACCACGGCGGAAUUGGCACCGCCUCAUCAUUCGGGAUCGGAUAAAAGUACUUAUACCGGUCUGCUUAUGUUGUUGACAUGUGUUAGCAUUGGAGUGAGUGUGAUUAUUGGAGGAGUUUAGUUUAAUUAGUUUAAAUUAUGUUACUAAAGAUUAAUUCUCUUGUGUGUCCACCAAUUAAUUAAU